CCGAUCCGGCCGCCAUGCAGUCCAGCGAUCCUCCCGCGUGUCCCUGCGCCGGCGAAGACGAUGAUUUCUACUGGGACGACGCGGCAGAGGCGGAGCUCCAGGCCAUCGAGGCCGCCUACGCCGCGGAGUCCGCCAAGCGCCGCCGCCUCCCCGACUGGUCCAGCACCGCCGCCAGGCCAGCCCCUCCAUUUCGCCCCCGGCACAUCCCUGUCCUGGCGGCAGCCUCGCCGUCGUCGGUCCUCCCGCCUCCCACUUGCGGAGGGAUUGUGAAGGCGAGGCACCAACAAAUAGCAUUCAGUGGUAAGAUAGUAUAUUGCCGGACGCGUUCUGAAGUGGAGAAAGCUACUGCAGAAAUUGCGCGCAACAUCGAAAGAAUGAAGGCCUCUGGCCCGGUCUCCCUUGGAUUUGAUCUCGAAUGGAGACCCUUUCCACGGAGAGGAGAACCGCCAUGUAAAGUCGCUCUAAUGCAAUUGUGCAUGGACAAAACUCACUGUUACCUCAUGCAUAUCAUUCACUCUGGAGUACCUCCUAUAUUGAAGUCUCUUCUGGAGGACAGUUCAUCUGUUAAAGUUGGAGUAUGUAUAGACAAUGAUGCCAGGAAGAUGUUCAAUGAUUAUGAUGUCCGUGUACAACCAUUGACGGAUUUGUCAAUUAUUGCAAAUGUCAAGUUAGCUGGGCCUCAAAGAAGAUGGAGUCUUGCUGCAUUAACCGAAAUGAUUACAUGUAAAGAGUUGCCAAAGCCCAGCAACAUCAGAAUGGGAAACUGGGAGUCUUGCGUCCUCUCAAAACAGCAACUUCAGUAUGCUGCAACUGAUGCCUACAUCUCGUGGUACUUGUAUGAGGUACUGCGGAGUCUUCCAGAUUAUGAUGUCGAUGCUGAAAAGGAGAUUGUUUAGGGAACAUAGCUGCAGAUUAUGAUGUUGAGUGAUGACUCACUGGUCUUCUAUAACUUCUCAACCAGCUCUUUGCCUGCAGGGUUGAGUAGGAAGAUCUUCCCCUAGCUCGGAACCAAAGGAUUGAUUGUGUGAGGAUUGUGAAAAUUGCUUCAUUCUGCUGUAUAAAUUUGUGCCUGUUGUAUGUACAACUGUGAUGGUUAGCUCCUUCACCAUGAAUCUUUGUAUUCUUUUGAACAUGUUGAAUUUAUCUUGAUCA